AUCACUCGCUGAUAUAGAGUCGCUUUUCAGAGAUUCAUUCCGAAUCGCAUAUAAACUCUGGGUGGUUCGGUUCGGUUCGGUGUCAGAAAUCAUGGCGGAGGAAAUGAUCCUGAAGGUUUUGUGUGGGAAUCACGGCUCAAUGGAGUACGAGCGUCUUUUGGAAAUUUCAUACGGAUUGAAAGAAAUAUCCGCGGAUAAUUCCCUGGAUAAAAUCCUCCAGCGCAGAGACAUCUUCACCGUCAUUCAGCGAAGCGAAAGCAAAGAGGUUUUCGCCCAAACUACCGUCAAACUGUGUAGAAGGAGCGAGUGUGUGGAGCUGUGUGGAGACCUCCACCUGUGUAAAUAUGAGCUGAUGAUGGGGCGCUGCAGCAGGCACAGCUGCAGUUACGGACACCAGCUGAUGUCUGAACACAACGUGAGGAUCCUGAGAGCUCAUGGGAUGAUCCGUCUGAGUCGACAAGAUCUGUGUGUGAUGUUUCUGCAGUCCGACAGCGGCCUCCUGCCUCCUGUGUGCACCGCGUACAACCGGCGUGGAAGCUGUCCGGACGGAGAGAAGUGCUCGAGGCUGCACGUGUGUGAGAGCUUCGUCAGAGGACGCUGUGCAGACACGGACUGCGGACGCUCGCACGAUUUCCACGAACCGCACGUGAGAAAAGUGCUGCGCUCCAGAGGAGUGUCUCAGCAGCUCAUGAGCUCUCUGCCCUUCAUCUACCGCAACAUCCUCACGCUCAAGACCCUCAAGACCCUCAAGACUCAACCGGACCACAGAAACACAGACGUCCAGCCUCACAGAAGCUCUGACGCUGAGACUGAGAUCUGUCUGUCGUUUGUCAGAGGAUUCUGCGGAGCAGAUAAAUGCAGUAAAACACACUGUAAAAUGCCUUAUAAGUGGGAGGUGAAGGUGGGCGGCUUGUGGCACGAUUUACCCAACAGUGAACCGAUCGAGCGAGAUUACUCCCAGCCGUCCAACAUACACAGUUCUGGAAACGAGCCGGUGUGCUUCGAGGAAAUGACUCUGGGUCUGGACGAGGUCCGGCGUCUCUCCACACAGUCGUCUGUUCUCCUGCCCGGCUUCGCCCUCACCACCCGCUGGAGCUGGUUCUGGAAGGACGAGUACAAGCGCUGGAUCCAGUACGGCUCGAUCGCGGAGAUGCACCGGUUGUCUUCGGUCAGCAGCGAGCAGCUGGAGCUCAGAUAUCAGGAGUAUCUGCGGCAGGAGCAGGAGGACGCUGGGAUCAAGUUCAGCGCGGGGAACCGCUUCUACGAGCUCCGCUUCACAGACAUGAAGCAAAGAAACGAGGUGAGCGGCACCGAGAGGCCUGUGAGGCGGCGGCCCGUGUUCGUCUCGUCGCUGGACGUCCAGAUCGCCAGAGCGAGAUGUUGCGGAUCCAUUAAAACUUGUUUUUCGAAAGGCGUUCCUGGAUUUUGGGACCAAAAUGCCGUUCCUGAUUUUGGAUUUCAGAGAGUGCGUCUCCUGCCGUCUCACAGGGAUUACGUGAGAGUCCACGAGCGCUUCACACAAACUCUGAAGGGGUUUACUGUCCGUCGGAUCGAGCGUGUGCAAAACAGGGAACUCUGGGAAGACUUCAUGAUAAAAAAGGAGCGGAUGAAAGUUACGAACAAGCAGGAGAAGUUUGGCGAUCGGCUGUUAUUCCACGCCACCGAAUCGUCUCUCGUCGAAGAUGCAUGUCUGAGAAACAUUGACUUUGAGACGUCGGAUUCAGCACCGUAUGGACGGGGGAUCUACUUCUCGAAGGACUCCAGGUACUGGAUGGAGCGAGCGGACGGCUCUGACGUGAGGCUGAUGUUCGCCUGCAGGGUGCUGGUUGGGUUCUACACCAGAGGAGCGGCUCAUCUCCGUCAUCCUCCGGCCAGAAACACUGAUGGACGUCUCUACGACAGCUGUGUGGAUAAUCCUCGAGACCCGGCUGUGUUUGUAGUGUUCGACCGGUGUCAGAUCUAUCCAGAGUUUCUGAUUAGCUUUGAGGACAGUAACAAGUGUUUCCUGCCUGAGAUCGCUCGGGUCCACACGAACGAAGAGCAGAGCUCCAUCAGUUCUCUCGAGGCUCCAGAACACACUUCAUCCUCCGACAGAACAACAGAACCGCUCAUCACGCUCUCAAGAUCAACAUUAGACACACACGUGGGCACAAACACUGCACUUCCUGUCUCAGAUGAACUAAUUUCCACUGCACUUCCGGUCUGUGCUAAAAGUGACUCGAAUGCACUUCCUGUCUCAGCUGAAUGCAUUUCCAUUGCACUUCCUGUCUCAACUAAAAGUGCCUCGAAUGCACUUCCUGUCUCAAGUGGUAGUGCCUCAAAUGCACUUCCUGUCUCAAGUGAAAGCGUCUUGAAUGCACAUCGUGUCUUAACUAAACGCAUCUCCACUGCAUUUCCUGUUUCACCUGAGGACUUUUCCAAUGCAUUUCCUCUCUCAGCUAAGUCUAUUUCUUCAGCACUUCCUGUCUCAGGGAAAUGCAUUUCCACAGAGCAUCCAGUGUCAAUUAAAAGUGCCUUGAAUGCACUUCCUGUCUCAAGUGGUAGUGCCUCGAAUGCACUUCCUGUCUCAAGUGGUAGUGCCUCGAAUGCACUUCCUGUCUCAACUAAAAGUGCCUCUAAUGCACUUCCUGUCUCAAGUGUUAGUGCCUCAAAUGCACUUCCUGUCUCAAGUGAAAGCGUCUUGAAUGCACAUCCUGUCUUAACUAAACGCAUCUCCACUGCAUUUCCUGUUUCACCUGAGGACUUUUCCAAUGCAUUUCCUCUCUCAGCUAAGUCUAUUUCUUCAGCACUUCCUGUCUCAGGGAAAUGCAUUUCCACAGAGCAUCCAGUGUCAAUUAAAAGUGCCUCGAAUGCACUUCCUGUCUCAAAUAAAAGUGCCUCGAAUGCACUUCCUGUCUCAAGUGGUAGUGUCUCGAAUGCACUUCCUGUCUCAAGUGGUAGUGCCUCAAAUGCACUUCCUGUCUCAAAUAAAAGUGCCUCGAAUGCACUUCCUGUCUCAAGUGGUAGUGCCUCAAAUGCACUUCCUGUCUCAAAUAAAAGUGUCUCGAAUGCACUUCCUGUCUCAAGUGGUAGUGCCUCAAAUGCACUUCCUGUCUCAAAUAAAAGUGUCUCGAAUGCACUUCUUGUCUCAAGUGGUAGUGUCUCAAAUGCACUUCCUGUCUCAAAUAAAAGUGUCUCGAAUGCACUUCCUGUCUCAAGUGGUAGUGCCUCAAAUGCACUUCCUGUCUCAAAUAAAAGUGUCUCGAAUGCACUUCUUGUCUCAAGUGGUAGUGUCUCGAAUGCACUUCCUGUCUCAAGUGGUAGUGUCUCGAAUGCACUUCCUGUCUCAAGUGGUAGUGCCUCAAAUGCACUUCCUGUCUCAAAUAAAAGUGCCUCGAAUGCACUUCCUGUCUCAAGUGGUAGUGUCUCGAAUGCACUUCCUGUCUCAAGUGAAAGUGUCUUGAAUGCACAUCCUGUCUUAACUAAACGCAUCUCCACUGCAUUUCCUGUUUCACCUGAGGAAAUUUCCAAUGCAUUUCCUCUCUCAGCUAAGGGCAAAUCUUUAGCACUUCCUGUCUCAGGGAAAUGCAUUUCCACAGCGCAUCCAGUGUCAAUUAAAAGUGCCUCGAAUGCACUUCCUGUCUCAAGUGUUAGUGCCUCGAAUACACUUCCUGUCUCCAGUGUUAGUGCCUCGAGAGCACUUCCUGUCUCCAGUGUUAGUGCCUCGAGAGCACUUCCUGUCUCCAGUGUUAGUGCCUCGAGAGCACUUCCUGUCUCCAGUGUUAGUGCCUCGAGAGCACUUCCUGUCUCCAGUGUUAGUGCCUCGAGAGCACUUCCUGUCUCCAGUGUUAGCGCCUCGAGAGCACUUCCUGUCUCCAGUGGUUGUAGUCCUGUGUCUCUGAGCUCUUCAGUGUCGUCCUCUCAUCAGCGAUCUGGAAACUCUUCAGAAGCUGCACACAGCAGGAAACCUGCAGCGCAGAAGAACAGCUGCAGUGUCAUGUGAUCCGUACUGGUGCCACAAAAAUGAUUUUCAUACUUUAAUGUCUUUGUCUUGUUUUCUAUAAACAUCUGAACGGUCUUGAAUCAAGAUGCAUUUACAAUUAAAAUAGCUUAAUAGAUCAAAUGUAAAAAAUUUUGUUAAAACAAGCAAAAGUUUUUGUUUAUAUGAUAUAUGUACUGUUUAUUCAUUGUGUCACACACACACACACACACACACACACACAUACACAUAUAUAUAUAUAUUACAUACUUAUUUUGAAUAUGAUUAAUCAUGACUAAUUGUUGCCCAGCGCUAAAAAUAAUCUUAAUACAAAGGCUAAACAAGAUUAUUUUUCUUGCCCCAUUGGCAGAUAUUUAUGCUUGUUUUAGACAAAAUAUCUAAUAUCUUCAGCCACGUUACAUAAUAAAUCUUGAUUCUAGAAUUUUAAGAUGUUCAUGCUAGAAAACUUUUUUUUUUUUUUGUGCAGUGUAUUCGCGUGUCAUAACGUGCUAAAUUACUGCACUGUAUUCAGUGAGAGAAAUAAUAUUGAGUUCAAAGUCUUAAGUUAUUAAUGGAAAUGUUUCAGGUUAUCAGGAUGUUUAUGCAUGUCAUAUAGACAUAGCAGUUAAUUAUUGAUCUGUAUCAACAGACACCGUGCAUGUCACACUGAUACUGAAAAGCUUUCCUGAUGAUUAGUGAGGAAAUCAUCUUAUAAUCUAGUCAUAACUGCAUGGUCACAGCAUUUAUACACGUGCAAGACUAAAACACUUAGGUUUUGUUGUUGACUUCUGAUAUUUAGUUCUGUCCUGGUCAGAUUUGGUUUGGUUUCUGUCAAUUCAAAUGCAAUAAAAGCUGUCACCAAUCUGC